CCGACAUCUUUCUUCGUUCAGUAAUUAACUUUUUGUUGUGAAAGUAUUUCAAUUCUGAGAAUUUGUAGUCUCCAGCUUGUUUAUUCGUUACCAUUUAAUAUUUUUCUCCUUUGAUCCUACUUGGUCUACCUACUUUCAGGUCAAUCUUUGCCUACUUCUCAGGCGGUAAAAAUUUAGCUGUUUUACAGGCGUUUUUAUUUAUUAUUUUUUUCUUUUCGGGUUAUCUUUGAUAUUUUCGCCAUCAAAUUCGUUGUAUUCCACUCUUUUUCAUCCUUUUCUGUGAAGCCUUUUUCAUACUUCAUUUUUCUAUCGUUGAUCCAUAUCAUCUACUUGAUUUCUUUCUUCAAUCGUUUAUUUUUUGCAUUCCUCUUUUUUCUCUUUAUUUUUCUUUCUUCAAGGAUUACUAGGUUUUUACAUUCGUUUUCUAUAUACAAUGGCUGCUACAGGUUGGGAACAAAGUAGUGUAUACUAUACACCUGUUCUUCCUGGGGAUCAACAAGAAGACUCUAAUGUAAGUCACGAAAAGAGUUUUAUUCGUUUCAUUGAUGAGUUCGUCAUCGACAACAAUUUUGUUUAUCGUAGUCAGUUGCGCGACAAUUUAAUGAUAAAUCAAUACCUAUUAAAAGUUGACCUUAAGCAUUUAAUUAGCUUUGAUGAGGAUUUAGCUCAUCUGCUUUCUAGUCAGCCCACUGAGCUCCUAUCGCUGUUUGAGUCUGCCGUUACUACGGUCGCAAAACGAUUACUCUAUCGAAGUCCCGAAAGUCCUUCAGUUCAAAUUCCCACAUGUCAAGUUGCCCUUCAUUAUGAUGCCAAUAUUCUUUCUAUUCGUGAUUUGACAGCUACUCACAUUUCAAAAUUGGUUCGUAUUCCCGGUAUCAUAAUCGGUGCAUCUACAUUGUCUUGUCGAGCAACUUCCUUGCAUAUAGUCUGUAGGAAUUGCCGCUCUACUAAAUCCUUACCUGUUUCUGGUGGCUUUACAGGUAUACAGCUUCCUCGUGUCUGCGAUGCUCCUGUUUUAGAUGGCGAGAAAAAAGAAUGUCCCAUGGAUCCCUAUAUCAUUGAUCAUUCCAAAUCCUUUUUUAUAGACCAACAAGUUUUAAAACUUCAAGAAGCACCCGAUAUGGUUCCUGUUGGUGAACUCCCUCGCCAUAUUUUGUUGAAUGCCGAUCGAUAUCUUACAAAUCAAAUUACACCUGGAACGCGUUGUGUAAUUACUGGUAUUUUUUCAAUUUUUCAAAAUAAAUCGGUUAAGUCUAGUGGUGCUGUUGCUAUUCGAAAUCCAUAUGUUCGCGUUAUCGGUAUUCAAUUAAACUCAGAGGAGGGCAGCAAGUCUACACCUUUAUUCAGCGAAGAGGAAGAAGAAGAAUUCUUAGAGAUUUCGCGGACCCAGAAUCUAUAUGAAAUUAUUUCUAACAGUAUUGCUCCUGCAAUUUAUGGUAAUAUUGAUAUUAAAAAAUCCAUUGCCUGCUUGUUAUUUUCUGGUUCCAAAAAGAUCCUGCCUGAUGGAAUGCGGCUCAGAGGUGAUAUCAAUGUCCUUUUACUAGGUGACCCGGGUACUGCCAAGUCUCAGUUUCUGAAGUUUGUUGAAAGACUGGCUCCUAUUGCCGUAUAUACAUCAGGAAAAGGUUCAAGUGCCGCAGGUUUAACGGCUUCUGUACAAAGAGACAGUGUUUCCGGUGAGUUUUAUUUGGAAGGAGGUGCAAUGGUCUUGGCUGAUGGUGGGAUUGUUUGUAUUGAUGAAUUUGACAAAAUGAGAGAUGAAGAUCGGGUUGCAAUUCAUGAAGCUAUGGAACAACAAACAAUAUCCAUUGCUAAGGCUGGUAUUACCACUAUUUUGAAUUCAAGGACGUCUGUAUUGGCUGCUGCAAACCCUAUUUUCGGAAGAUAUGAUGAUAUGAAAUCUCCUGGAGAAAAUAUUGAUUUCCAGUCGACAAUUUUGUCAAGAUUCGACAUGAUAUUUAUUGUUAAGGACGAGCACGACGAGUCGAGAGAUCAAAACAUUGCUCGUCAUGUUAUAAGUCUUCAUACAAAUCUACAGGAAUCAAUGGAGACUUUAGCAAUUGGAGAAAUUCCUUUCGAAAAAUUCAGACGUUAUAUCAAUUAUUGCAGACAUAAAUGUGCCCCACUUUUGAGCGCCGAAGCUGCUGAGAAAUUAUCGAGUCAGUUCGUUGCCAUCCGGAAACAAGUGCAUCAAUCAGAACAAGACAGUAAUGUACGAUCAAGUAUUCCUAUCACUGUCCGUCAGUUGGAAGCUAUUGUGCGAAUUACUGAAGCACUGGCUAAAAUGUCAAUGUCCAGUAUAGCAACGGAAGCUCACGCAACAGAGGCUAUUCGUCUGUUUUUAACGAGUACUCUAGCUGCAGCUACUCAAGCUUCUCCAGAGGUCACUGAAGAGGUGAAAAAGAUUGAGGGCAGUUUGAAAAAGCGCCUACCUAUCGGUUUUCAGGCAAGCUACCGUAUGUUAAUACGUGAAUACGUAAAUGGGCAUGGUUAUAGUCAGCGAGCUUUGGAAAUGGCUUUGCAAAUUUUAGCUUCAAAAGAAACAAUCCAAAUGCGAAAUGGUGGUCAAACAGUUUAUCGAGCCGGUAUCUGAUAUCAUUAAAGCUUUAAUUUAACCUCUAAUUCUUAAUCCUACAUUCUAUUUUUUAUAUACAACACCUAGACCAUAUGAGAUAAUGAAUAGUAAAUACUGGGACCUAUGCAUCCUUGUGUAUUAAGACGCUCGCUCUAGAGUAACUAAUGGUACGGCUUAAUUCUUGUCUUCGUCGAUGAUCUUCUUCUUCUUUUAAGUUAUUUUUUUCAGUAGGUAGUAAAAUCUAUUUUAAACAUUAGUCAAUUAUAAUGAAGUAUAAAGAUUGCCAAACAUACGGCACGAUCA